GAGGGAAUGAUGUGCGUGGAGGAGCUGCAGACCCCGGUGAGGAGCGUGCAGCCCUGGGCUGGGGGCUGCGAGCCGUGAGGGGGAGGUUGCAAGCCUCGGAGCGGGGCUGCGGACCCCACGUGGGGGUGCGAGCUCCAGGGUGGGGGGCUGCACCCAUCCGGAGGGGGCACCCCCGGCCAGGCUGGGUGUUCGUGCGCCCCAGGAGACACGGCAGCACUCGUUCCGCUGCUCCCUGGCUGGUGGUUUGGCCCCCAACCCACUGACCCCCUGCACCACCGAGCGAGAUCCGAAAGCCAACCCCGAUAUGCGCUGGUAGCUGUUCAGGCAGUGCUUGGGUCCUGCCCGAGGCAGGGCGGCUGGUGGGGUGUGCCCUGGCAGAAUGACACCCUGGUGCAGGAAUGACACCUCUAGGCACGGUUUAGGGGGGGGGGACGGUGUCACCACGGCUGGGCAGCCCGGGCUGCAGCAGCCCAAGUGCUGGGCAGCACUGGAGGGGUCUGCCCACAGGAUUUUCCUUGGGGCUCCAACACCCAGGGGAGCCCUUACUGCAUGGGAAGAGGGUGCUGAGCCAGCAGCCUCAUGUUCCCUCGAGUUUCUUGUCUUUAUUGUUUUAAUGCACAUUUGCUUUUUUUCCCUACUCAUCAUAUCAACCAUCGUGGCACUGUGCCUAGACCCAGCAGUGCUCCAGGCUGAGCAGUGAGCUCAGGGUCAUGGUUUUAGGGGCCUGUUGUUUUCCUGGGAACAGCUCCCAGUUGAGACAGGAGACUGGAGGUGGCCAGAAAGCUCUUACUGGUGCCCUGCGGGUUCUGGGCUCCACUGCUCCCAGCAGAAAGGGAGAAGGACAUGUUGUGGCAUGUACAAAUGGCAUGUUUUAAGCCAUUCAGGUGUUGCAGUGCUUUGAGUGAGAGACUUUUUUUCCCCUGGCUUGUGUAAGGCUUUACAGGAGGGCUGCAUCGGAUCUGGUGCAGGGGUGAGUGCCCUGCCUCUGGCACAGUUUUGCCAUGGCUGUGUGGUCUUCUGGGGUGUGCCAGAGUACUGCACUGCCUCACCACUGUCCCGUGACAGGCACAGCGGGCCCUGUGCCCACUUGCAGACAGCACCCAGCUCUCUGGUGCAGCUCCAGAAUAGACCCACCCCUGUUUGCAGCCUUGGGCACCUAACGAGUCCAAAGCCUGUAACUGGGAGAUUUAUGACUGUUCUGACCUUGCAGUUUGCUGACUCACACAGUGAAGGGUCCUUUUUUUUUUUUUUUUUUGCUGCAUUUGCUGGCUUUGGGAAAAGAAAAGAGGGCUGGAAGCUCUUCUGGCACAGCCAGGGCCCCAGCACAGUAUGAGCACCAGCCCCGCUGUGGCAUGGGGCAGCAGCCUCCCCAUCCUUCUCCCACAGGAAGGCUCUGAUAUCCCCCCUCCCUGAGGGCAGAGGCGCCAGCCCUGGGGGCUGUAGCCUUGCCGAGCCUCGAGCCUCGCAGGGGUUGGCAGCAGGGGAAGGGGGGAGGCACGUGGAAGGUUCUGGGUGUGCCAACCCUUUCUGGGGUGCUCCUUGAAAGCUUCCCCCCACCGUGCCAGGGGGAUUGCCCCUCCAGGUGUCCCUCCAUGGCAGUGCUGGGCUCUGCUGCCUUCUCAGCUGGGGCUGGAGAGUCCGUUGCAGCAUGGCUGCCUUUGGACUUUGUGCCUUCCUAUCCCUUCGUUUCCCAACACAGAGAGGGGAGGCUCAGUCCUCCCUCCAAGGACACAGAAGGGUGUCCUGGGCCUUCCCCACCUCUCCAGCGAGGCUGGGCCUGCUGCCAGUGAUGGGGCUGGGGGAGGUGUUAUCGGGGCUGGGCCAGCCCCAGGAGUGGUCCCUAUCCCCCCCCCUCCCCGUGCCCGGGACAGCACGAUUACGGGGAGGGCCGCGCCUGUCCUGCGCCUCCCCGAUAGCAGGGCUGGAGGGGGGGACCGGCGCCAUGGCAGAGACGCCGUCACGGAGCCCCGGCGGGGGCAUCACGCCGCUGCAGCAGAUGCUGGCCUCGGGGACGGGGGCCAUCCUCACAUCCCUCUUCGUGACGCCGCUGGAUGUGGUGAAGAUCCGGCUGCAGGCCCAGAGGACUCCCUUCUCUAAAGCAUUGUCAGCUGGGUCUGUGCCCUGGGGCACUCAGCAGGCUACAUGGAAGUGUUUUCUCUACUGCAAUGGGCUUAUGGACCAUCUGUACAUCUGCCAGAAUGGCAACGGCUGCACCGCCUGGUACAAGACCCCCACACACUUCAGUGGCACGCUGGAUGCCUUUGUGAAGAUCACACGCUAUGAGGGCAUCAGGUCUCUGUGGAGUGGCUUGCCCCCAACGCUGGUCAUGGCUGUGCCAGCCACCAUCAUUUACUUCACUGCCUACGACCAGCUCCGGGACUACCUGUGUGCUCGGACAGGAGGCCGGGGGUACCACAUCCCCUACAUCCCCUUGCUGGCCGGGGCCCUUGCCAGGCUCGGUGCCGUGACGGUCAUCAGCCCCCUGGAGCUCAUCCGCACCAAGAUGCAGUCCCGGCAGCUCAGCUACCGGGAGCUGGGCCUCUGCAUCCAGUCGGCGGUGGCCCAGGACGGCUGGCUGUCCCUCUGGAGGGGCUGGGGCCCCACCGUGCUGCGAGACGUCCCCUUCUCGGCUCUCUACUGGUUUAACUAUGAGCUGGUGAGGGAGUGGCUCUGCAGACAGGCCCGGCUGGACGAGGCCACGUUCAUGAUCAGCUUCGCAGCUGGAGGCAUCUCUGGGACGGUGGCUGCAGUGCUGACUCUGCCCUUCGACGUGGUGAAGACCCAGCGGCAGAUCGAGCUGGGAGACAGCGAGGUGCACCCAGUCGCGGCCUCCAAGCCUUCCUCCACCUGGCUGCUCAUGCGGCGUAUCCGCGCGGAGUCUGGCACCCGGGGGCUGUUUGCGGGGUUCCUGCCCCGUGUCAUUAAGGUGGCACCGGCCUGUGCCAUCAUGAUCAGCACCUAUGAAUUCGGCAAGACCUUCUUCCAAAAGGUGAACCAGGAGCGGCAGCUGCGCGGGUUGUGAGCCCGAGGCUGGGGCAGGACUGGACGUGGUUGGUGCCCCAGGGGCCGGUGCCCGGCCUGCUCCCGAUGAGGUGCCCUGGGAGCAGCGAACUGCACAUGGCCACGCCAGCCCAAGUGCCUUCGUGCCAUGCUCUGCCUCCCUGGACCCAGCCCGGCCUCGCUCUCCAGCCCCAGCUGCACUGCGGGACAUCCCGCCUGCCGCUGUGGGCGAUACACAGUCCCUCGUGCUCAUCCCAUGAGGCUGGAGGGAUGCUGCUGCUGGAUUCAUGGACGCUCUGGCAAGUAUGGGGUGCCCUGGCACCAGGGCAGGACGUGGAGGCUGGGGCUCUGUUGAGGACCAAACCCUCAGGGGCUUCUCUGCCUGCCUGGGCCUCCCAACCCUGCUCCAGCUAGGGGUCUGCCUCUCCUUGCCAUCAGUCACGCACAGGGUCCUCUUGCUGGCUCUGAUGGUUGCGGGGACAUGGCAGGAUCCUCUCUUGUCUUUGGACCUCUCCUCCCACUCAUGGAGCCCCUGUCUCCUGCCAGACUCUGGGCUUGGAGCCUGCAUGGGGAUAGACCUUGCUGCUGCUCUGAGGGGGCAUUCUGGGAACCUCUGCCCUGUCCCUUCACUGUGAGGGCUUGCCUCAGCGUUGUGCCUGGUGCAGGUGCUGCCCCAGCUUGCCCUGGCACUCUAGAAGGGGAUUUCUCUUAUUUUCUUAAAUAAAAUACUACUUGUCUCUUAGCACAA